CCCGCGCCCCUCUCCGAUGUCCCAGGCCAGCAGCCACCGGCCGAGCCGCCCGGAGCCCCGCCGCGCCGAGCCGCCCCCGCCGCCAGAGGAGGAUGGGACCCCGUGGCAGCACCCGGCGGCAGCGCCGGCCGAGCUCCGGCCCCCCGCCCGCCCCGCUCCCGGCCCUGCGGCGGCGAAGAAGGAGAAGCUCCCGGAAGACGACGAGUCCCGAAAAGUCCUGACGAACGGAGCGGCGCCGGCCGGCACCAAGGCCCGGCCCGAGCUCACGGGCGCUGCCGAAGCUGUGACGUGCCAGCCCCAGGGGCGAGCGGCCCCGCCGGGCCCCCCGCCGCCCGGCCCCUGCGCCCGCCUGCUGCACAACGGGGACCCGGGCAGCGGGCUCUUCCGCCCCCUCCCCGGCUCGCAGAAGCCUCACCGCAAGCUGCAGUCCCACCACUCCAUCAACAGCCAGGGCAGCAAGAAGAGCAAGGGCAGCUCCAAGUCGGCCUCCUCCCACAUCCCUAUUGAGGCUCAAGAAGACUGCUGCGUGCACUGCAUCCUCUCGUGCCUCUUCUGCGAGUUCCUGACCCUCUGCAACAUCGUGCUGGACUGCGCCACCUGCGGCUCCUGCACCUCCGAGGACUCCUGCAUCUGCUGCUGCUGCUGCAACUCGGGCGAGUGCGCGGACUGCGACCUGCCCUGCGACAUGGACUGCGGCAUCAUCGACGCCUGCUGCGAGUCGGCCGACUGCCUGGAGAUCUGCAUGGAGUGCUGCGGGCUCUGCUUCUCCUCCUGAGCGGCCGGGGGCCGAGCCGGCCACCCCCAACCCCCGGCCCCAUCCCGCGGCGGCCGAAGCCCCUGCGGGUUGCUGAGCCGGCGGCGGAGAAACCCGCGAGUGAAACGCCGAGAGGAGGAGCGGAGCGGAGGAGCUCGACCACCCCCACCACCACCUCGCCCGGGGAAGGGAUCCACAGAGCCGAGGGCCCCCCCGGGACGGCCGCGCGGACGCUCGCCCUCUACCUCUUCCCCUCGUGCCGGGCCGGCCCCGGGGACCGCGGCAGCUUCCUGCCACCUGAGCCGAGAGCAGGAGCGCCAGCCCGGCCCCGGCGCGCCGGCGGGGGCUGCCGGAGGGGCGUCUUCCCGCCGCGGUGCCGGCCCCGGGACUGAGCGAGGGCAGCGCUCCGGCUGCAUCGCCCUGGGGUCCGAGGCAGGGUGGCCCCAAGCGUCCUCGCCCGCUCCGUGCCGGGAGAGGCCGGACACGCUGCAGAGCCCGGCUCCGGCCGGGGAGCCGGCGGCGGGGCCGGGAGGCGCGGGAGCCCUUGGCUCCCUCUCCUUUGCGGUCGGAAGCAGCUUCUCAUCCCCUGCCCCCGUCUCGGUGCUGAGAUUAGCAGCCAAGUGCAAUAAAAACACCCGCUCCCCUCCCUGCGCCGCCGGCCGGGAAGAGGCUUUUCCUGUGCUGGUCUCUCCCGGAGCGGGGUUGCACCUCUGGGCUCGGCAGCCCCCUCCGGCCGAACGCCUUCCCGCCCGGCUCCCGCGCCACGGGGCCGGGCGCUGGCUGCACUGGGGGAGGCCGGAGCCGUGCCGAGCCAGGGCGGCGGGUUCGAAACGACCCCACCACCCCCCAGCCCCAUCCUGUGGCCCCAGGGGUGGGGGGGGACGGGGCUCCUGGCUGGGCGAGGGCGGAAAAACCCCGCUGUCCUUCUGCAGGGCUGGUGGAAGGGGAAGGAGAACAAGGGUCCUGGGUUUGUCUGUUGGGGCUUUUGGGUUUGUUUUUUUUUUUGGUCUCUUUUGUUACUGUAAAUAAAGAUCUUUCCUCGUUUCUGA